UUGUCAUCGAUGGUGUACACUACCGAUUACCGAGUAAAAGAGAUUUUCCUUGUUAUAUUUUUUAAAGUUUGUGUGUCCUCAUAUGUUUCUAGAGAAUACAAUUGUCUGGUGUUUAAAUUAAUAGUUCCAUAACAUUAUAUAUGUGGCUCGUGGUAUGGACAAGUGGAGCAAGUCUUCAAAAAGUAGCCAAUACGAUUGUGUAGCAAACGUGUCAUCACUUUUUAAGUUAAUACAACCGAUGUUUUAUAUAAAAAGGAAAACGAUUUGGUUAGCGUUUCGAUAGCAAAAGUACAGGUUCUCAUGGGUGAUGGCUUGGCAGUCGGACAAUCGUACCGAAGAGAAUAGCUUCCUGCUUCGGUUGAAGAUAAUAGGAGCAUAUUCUUUGGCUAAGAAAGAUAUUUUUGGUGCUAGUGACCCGUAUGUUCGUGUGGAGUUGCAAAAGGUUGACUGUGACGUCACACUUGAGACUUUCCUGACUAAAACAAAGAAAAGGACCCUCAAUCCAAUAUGGAAUCAGGAGUUUGUAUUUCGGGUAAAACCUCAAGAGCAGAAACUGCUAAUUCAAGUGUUUGACGAAAAUCGUCUUACUCGGGAUGACUUCUUGGGCAUGGCUGAAGUGCCACUCACGAACACGCCCUUCGAAUCUGCGGCCAACGCCCGUCCGGCCAUCACUAAGUACCCCCUGCGCCCGCGCAGGUCCGUCGCCAGAUCUCGCAUCCGUGGUUACAUCGAGAUAUACCACGCUCUGGUGGGCCGCGUGGGACAGGAAGAAGGCGAAUCCACGAGUCCACCAGAUGACUGGGAGAUGGUGGAACCUGCACCGCAAGUGGGGAAUGUUCAGCCGGUGUUCGCGGGUUCAGUGCCGACGUUGAUCGGGGAAGAUGACUGGGAACUGAUCGACACAGCACCCUUGCCCCUUGCGAUAGGAGGAGAUCCACUCCCCGCUGGUUGGGAGGAAAGGCAAGACGCGAAUGGAAGAACAUAUUACGUGAAUCACGCGGCUCGGUCCACACAAUGGGAGCGGCCUACUUUCACCCGUAAUAUGAGUACGGAGUCUCAAGCGGAGCGUAUGGAGACGGCAGCGACGGAGUUCCAACGCAGAUUCCACAUCUCCGCGGAUGAUGAACACAAUCAGGCUAACGCGCAGCCGCAUGAGGAACCAAAUAUGCCAGCCGAAAGCUCCGCUGACUCGACUGAAUCAAGAACUGAAAAUGAAGUCGAAUCUAAUGAAUUAUCUGAAAACCCAAACGAACCUACACCGUUCUCUACGCCUGCCCUUUCGCCUGUAAUCGAACACACUACCGAAACAGCGCCUAACCCUAACGACUGUGAUACUAAUGUUAACGAACGAAACGAAGAAAAUGACGUAGUAUGUGCUAAUGAAACGACUGAAAAUACAACAGAACAAACUGAACAAGAACACAACGAAAUCAUUGAAGCCGUUAAUGCCGAAGCAUCUAGUAGUAUCGACAUAGUUAAUGACGAUGAAUCUGUAACGCCUACAAAUAAAUUAUCACCAACAAGUAGUCAAGAUACGUCCGAAACGGAUACUAUAGAGAUUGAAUUGAGGCCGACGGUUGAAGAGAUAAUAAUAACUAGUCCUGAAGAGACUCAAGAGGAGAUAGACAGGGUUAACGGUGUUCAAAACGAAGAGGUGGAAAGAAGGGACGUCGAACGUAAUGAAGAAACGGGUGACGAGUCAGCGGAGUCUUUGACGUUUGACGAGAACCACUUCAGUACGCCGACUGGAGGCGUUAGUCCAGAACGGCGCUCCGCAACGGGUAGGCGCUCCUCAACUGACAGACGUAGACGACGAACAACGGCCAGUUCAAUGAGCUCAGAGGACGAGUCGGACGGUUCCUCAGAGAGUACACGAAGCAGCAGUGCCAGCAGCACCCAGAGUCAGAACUUACCUAACAGCGAUGGUCUCCCUCCAGGCUGGAGUAUGCAGCGUGCUCCAAAUGGUAGAGUGUUCUUCAUCGACCACAAUAAUAAGACAACUACUUGGGUCGAUCCUAGGACAGGUUGUGCAUCGAAUUUGCCAAGCGCAGCGUUAGCGAGCGCGGGAGCGGAAGCGGAUGAGUUAGGUCCGCUGCCUGAGGGAUGGGAGGAACGCGUACAUACAGAUGGGCGGAUCUUCUUUAUUGAUCACAACACCCGCAUCACGCAAUGGGAGGACCCUCGCCUCUCCAAUCCCCACAUUGCUGGUCCAGCUGUGCCUUACUCUCGUGACUAUAAGCGCAAGUACGAAUACCUCAAGAGUCAGUUGCGUAAGCCGAGUAACGUACCAAACAAGUUUGAAAUAAAAGUCCGUCGAAACUCGAUUCUGGAGGACUCCUAUCGCAUCAUUAGUUCUGUCAGUCGAGUCGAUCUUCUGAAGACAAAGCUAUGGGUCGAGUUCGAAUCUGAAGUCGGCUUGGAUUAUGGCGGUCUGGCUCGUGAAUGGUUCUUCCUGUUGUCAAAGGAAAUGUUCAAUCCGUAUUAUGGUCUAUUUGAGUACUCCGCUAUGGAUAACUAUACCCUCCAAAUAAACCCCAACAGUGGAGUUUGCAAUGAGGAGCAUCUCAAUUAUUUUAAAUUUAUCGGUCGUGUCGCUGGUAUGGCUGUGUACCAUGGGAAACUACUCGAUGCGUUCUUUAUCCGUCCAUUCUACAAGAUGAUGCUGAGCAAACCCAUUGAUCUUCAAGACAUGGAGUCUGUUGACUUGGAGUACUAUAACUCGCUUAUGUGGAUACGGGAUAACGAUCCCUCGGAAUUAUAUUUAACGUUCGCGGUGGAUGAAGAGCAAUUUGGAAAGACGUACCAGAGAGAGCUGAAGACAAACGGUGCCAAUAUUUCAGUUGAGAACGACAAUAAAGAUGAAUAUAUCAAAUCUGUGAUCGAAUGGCGUUUCGUGCGUCGUGUUCAGGAGCAAAUGAACGCGUUCCUUGAAGGCUUCGGCGCUCUGGUGCCACCGGCUUUACUCAAGAUCUUCGAUGAGAACGAGCUUGAGUUGUUACUCUGUGGUAUACAGCGCAUAGAUGUGAGGGAUUGGCGUGCUAACACCCUGUAUAAGGGAGAUUAUCAUGCGAACCAUCUGGUCGUGCAGUGGUUUUGGAGGGUGGUCCUAUCAUUCUCCAAUGAGAUGCGCUCGCGCCUCCUCCAAUUCGUUACGGGCACGUCUCGUGUGCCAAUGAACGGAUUCAAGGAGUUGUAUGGCUCCAAUGGCCCCCAAUUAUUUACUAUUGAGAAAUGGGGCUCGCCCGAGAAUUAUCCCCGAGCACAUACGUGUUUUAACAGAAUCGAUCUGCCGCCAUAUGAGACCUAUCAGCAGUUACGGGAGAAGCUGAUCAAGGCAAUUGAAGGCUCGCAAGGGUUUGCGGGAGUCGACUGAUGGCUCUUUUCAAUUUCGUAUAUUCGGUGAUAUUACAUUAUACGCCUUAUGUAGAUAGGAAUACGAUAAAUAUUGCACAUUGGUCUUUCGAAGUGGCUUAGUUAUGACAGAAUGUUUGAAGGUAUUAUUCAAACUAAUUUUUUAAUUAAUACGCUUUUAAAUAAAAUAAUUUACUGCAAAAUUUUGUGCGUGACAGAGAUAGCGCUAGUCUCUUUCUUAAAGUCGAUUUGCAAUAUUUAUAAGUUCGUGAGCGAAGGUCUGAUGCUUAUGAAAAUAUUACGUUUUCGUAUACAAGCCGAAAAAUAAUCGCGUUAAUAGACUUUUGUUAUACAUGCAGAAAAAAUAUAUUUAUUUAGACCCUCAGUAAUGUUUUCAGGAACUAUAUACUUAUAUAAUUUAUAUUUUAAACCAAUAAUAAAUUAUCUUAAUUCUUAAUGCCAUACAUUAUAAUAGUGUCAGAAACUCGCUCGCGACGCAAUUUGUUUACAAACUUCGUCUACACCAAAAAUGUUUCCAUCCUGUUCCUAUGGUACUAAUGAGAAAAGGACGGCUGUAUGUUCUCGCGCAUAAGUUCUAAAUAUACGCAAUUAUAUGAAUUGCAAACAAGAAAAUUCAUUGAUUUGCCAAUUUAUGCCUAAUUGCAAAAGAAAAUUAUCCGUUAAAGAUUUGAUACACACAUAAAGUCGAUUUUUUAUACGAUUCUAAAAUUUUAACUAUUGUCGUCCUGCUCUCACAUGAGUAUACCGAAAGAGAUAGAUAUACUUUUGGGUGGUCCUAGUUUGUUCACACCUCUGUAGUGUUAUUCUAUUUUCCUUAAAUACAUUCACAUUAAACUUAAGCAUUUUAAUUACAUGCAGACUAGGUAUUUUAAACUUAAGUUACGCCGUAUACGCGAUACAUUAGUCGUAAUGUACCGUGUGUUAAGUAUUGCUCAUUUUAAUUGUUUUGCGGCAUAUUUUACUGGUGCUUCAUGGGUCCAUUGUAAAGAAAAAUUUCGACGUAUGCGCAGUGGUGUUACAAGGUUCGAAUCCUGCUCACUCGUCCAAAUUUUCUAGUCAAUUUCGGCUUAAACUUAAUCUGCAUAACUUUAAGUUAAACUAAGAAAAUCAUAAAGUUCAUAUUAUAUUUUUGGUACGUACGUGGUACUGUUAGACUAAAUUAUUUUUAAGUUAUGUAUUAUAACCGUUUGACAACCUUAUAUACGAAUGUCAGAAAUGUAGGAGCUACUCAAAGUAGCUUUGUUUGCUGUAGCCUUUAAUUAUAUUUAAGUGGCCUUUCUGCAAAAGCAAAAUAUAGAGAGAUCUAGAAUAGCCUUUUUACUUUGUCUUAUAGAAAUGGUUUCGCAAGCCCACUGGUUCAGGUUUCUUGUUAUAAGGGUCGGUUCACAUAUCACGGAGGAUCGGUCGAGGGUUUUUCCGUCCCCCGUUAUGUGUGAACCGACCCUAAAUUUCUCGUAAAGAAUAACGUUAGUCCUUUUCACGUUUAUAUAGUUCUUUCUAAUAGCCCAGUGGCGUGAUUCUUGAAUCUUAUCAGCGUUAUUACAAUUUAUAAAAUAUUAAUAGGUUCCAUACCGCCCAUAUGCGAAACGAGUCCGUGGACGUGAUAUGUACGUAUUUGACGCACUUUAGUCGCUAGGAAUAUGAACUUUAACUUUCAAGAAUACGGUUAAAUUUUGCUUUUCUUUAGUAAAACUUAUCGUGAUCGUCAAUUAAAUUCUCUGAAAUUGUCGAAUAGAUUUGCAAUAUAAGUGCCUAAGACUUCUAAAUUUAGACCGCCUUUGCAUAUACCUAGACUUAAAUACUGUGACAGGCACAGGGGCACACAGGUGUGAAAACAAUUUGUGAUGGGAUCAGACGGUGGAUGGAAGUAUUUUCACACGACACGAUUUUUUUCGUUUUUCAUUAUCGCCUAUUGAAUCUGUACGAACACGUGAUUAAGUCUCUUGUCAAGGCAUUUCCAAAGCUUUAAACUGACUAGGCUUUCAGCUGGAACCGGUCCCGUCAAUAACACUCACUCGUAACAUAUUGUAUCGUUACAAAUCCGUCGAACAUUUGUGUUGUAAGGACUGCUUUUUACGUCGAAUUAAAUAAUUGUUUUGAAAUAUCUUUGUUAUCGACAUCGAUAGAUGAGAGAAAAGGUAGGUAUUAUGAGCAGAAUUUUUAAUGACGUACGUGUGGCGAGGUUUUUUUUUUGUCGUAUUUGUAGUACUUUGGUCUAUCUAAGAGCGGAUCUAACGUUUGCGUCACAAUCAAAGCUAGAACUAAGCUAAAAUAAUUCACGAUUUUCGCUCUGCUGCUAGAUCCGCCCAUGGAUGAAACUUCGAGUAAUAAAGUGAAAUAUGACCCAAUGUCCUAAAACCUAGAUGGGACAGAGAGCGUCCACAGUGCGUCUCCAUCGUGUUCCGUCUUGAGCCUCAUAUUUCACCUUGCCCCAAGUCUUUCCGGCUCAAUUCGUCUCAUCUACAAUUGUAAGACGGCUGUAGAAUCCCAUACAAACCCGUAAGGCAUGCGGGUUUCUAUUAAGCCCCUGAUUGGGGACAUGAUUGGAAGGUGAAAUAUGAUGUUUUAAAUACCUGAUGUCAUAAUAAAUGUUCGAUAGCAAAAUUGCUUUAAAAUUAUAGUCUGAAGCCCUUGACAGAAGUUUCUAGAUUUGACGUAAUAGUAAUGAAAGUGUUACAGUGGGCUCCAUACUUUUGUAUAUAAAUAUAGUUGUAAGUAAAAUUGCUAGUUAACCAUGAAAUGGACGAAUCAAAUGUAACCAUUGCUUAUUGAGUGCCACGUCAGGAUGUCAAAAUCCAAUUUUCACAUUUUCCAACCGAAACUAUUGAUGGACGUCGAUUACACUCGUAUUGUUAUAUAACGUUUUAUUUUAUGAUUAUUCAUAUAGAAAAACAUCGCUGAAUUUUGGUACUGCAGUGUUUGAUUGUAUAUUGGAACGCGUAAUCUGUAUUAAUAUUGGCUUUCUAGAGGGGCCUCUAUACGGUCUACACUUUUAAUGAAAUAUUUGGCUAUAUAAUUGCCGAGUAUAUCCCGAAAUUACAAAAAACACAUGUGGCAUUAUUUUGUCCUUACACAGUCGACAUAUAUGGCUUGGCUAGUACCUAUGACUGCAAUGGCGGGCACACUCAUACGCGUUGCAGCAGAACUCAUACGCAAAAACUAAGAAACAUGUGGAUCCGACCUUAUUUCAAUAGGCGAUUUCAAAUUCGAUAUUUUUAGUCUGGAAAUAAGACUCGAUGAACAAUUAUUUCAAAACUUAACACGAAUGUCAUAGAGUGACUUUGAACGCAUUCAGAUUGGACCAAUGCUACAAAGAAAAGAUACUAACUUGAGAAAAGCUAUUUCUAUUAUCACGUAGCAUGAAAAAGGGACGCAAUUAGACCGUAAAGCGAGGUGGCAAUAAUAUGGCUGAGAAAUAUUGCAGUAUUUUCGAUUGCAAAAUAUUGUCAUACGGCUGGGACUCUAAACAUUCAUAGGACAUACAAAAAAUAUUUGAAAUAUAUCUCGGCCAUACUAGAAAUAUUGCAUAGUUGCUACUAGCCACACGCUUGUAGCUAUACAUUUCGUGAAAAUAUGGCCCGUCUAGGAGCCCUUUUAAGCAAUAUUUGGUACACAAACGGACUGUGACAUUGCAGUAACCUUAAAGGUAUUUUAAAAUCUAAAUAUGAUUUUUUUUAUGAAUUCGGGUUCAUAUAUCCAAAACUUUUAGAUAAAUAAUUGUUUUGCAAUGGAAGUAAUAAAUUGUAGUUUGGUCAACAUACGUUAUUUUCCUUGUUUAAAAUGAUGAAAAAUAUACAGAAAUCGAAAUAAUGAUAAAAUACUAUAAGUUUUUUUAACAUAAAUUACAAUUUUGAAUUGAAAACUAUUACAUAAUAGAAUCGAGCUAAUAAAUAAAUUGUCCAUUGUCCAAUGUCUUGGUACCGUAAUGAUUUUAUCACAUAAUUAAUUCCAUUCCUCAAUAAUCCGUCCAUUAUCCAAGUUCCUUAAACGUCAGGAUUAAUAAUUUCCUAGUUUUGCAAGUCCAAAGACAUCCGUACUGUCCUUUGUAGAAACGGUUACUGUAUAGAUUUUUAACGGAUAAAACGUUGUAUAGCGAUACGAGUGAAUAUUUUGUAUAUUAUUUUAAGUUAGAACAACAAUCAAUUACUGCUAGAUGAGUUUUCAAUUAUAAAUUCUAAGAUAUAUAAAUUGUGUAAAUAUAACAUUGAUGUUGAAAGAUUCACGAAAA